CAUGCCAGCCAUGCUGGAGAAGGGCGCAGAGGUCUCGGGGAAAAGACGCGGCAGGAACAAUCAUGCCAGCGGCGCGGCUGGCGCUUCCAGCAACGCCUCUGCCGCCGCCGGGGCUGCGCACAGUAACAAUGGGAACCCGAAAAGUUUGGCGGCCGCGGCGCCUAAUGGGAAUAGCAGCAGCAACAACUCCUGGGAGGAAGGCAGCUCGGGGUCGUCCAGCGACGAAGAGCACGGGGGAGGCGGCAUGAGAGUGGGAGCCCAGUAUCAAGCGGUCGUGCCCGACUUUGAGCCCGCUAAACUUGCAAAGCGGUCUCAGGAGAAAGAGAAUCUUGGCAUGCUCGUCUGGUCACCGAAUCAGAAUAUAUCUGAGGCAAAGUUGGAUGAAUACAUCGCCAUUGCUAAAGAGAAGCACGGCUACAACAUGGAGCAGGCCCUGGGGAUGCUCUUCUGGCAUAAGCAUAACAUUGAGAAGUCUCUGGCCGACCUGCCUAACUUUACCCCUUUCCCGGACGAAUGGACGGUUGAAGACAAGGUCUUGUUUGAACAGGCUUUCAGUUUCCAUGGGAAAACGUUCCACCGAAUUCAACAGAUGCUUCCAGACAAGUCGAUAGCAAGCUUGGUGAAGUUCUACUACUCCUGGAAAAAAACACGAAGUAAAACGAGCGUCAUGGACCGUCACGCUCGGAAACAGAAAAGAGAGCGAGAGGAAAGUGAGGAUGAAAUGGAAGAAGCAAAUGGAACUAACCCUAUAGAUAUUGAGGUUGAACAAAACAAGGAGAGCAAAAAAGAGGCACCGCCAGCCGAAACCAUCCCUCAGGUAAAGAAGGAAAAGCACAGUAGCCAGGCUGCGAAGAAUAGAGCCAAGAGGAAACCUCCCAAAGGCAUGUUCCUAUCUCAAGAGGACGUGGAGGCGGUUUCUGCCAAUGCAACAGCUGCCACCACCUUGCUGAGACAACUGGAUAUGGAAUUGGUCUCCAUCAAGCGACAGAUUCAAAAUAUCAAGCAAACAAACAGCGCUCUGAAAGAGAAACUUGAAGGGGGGAUUGAAGAAUAUCGGUUGCCAGAGGUUACGCAGAAGUUUAACGCACGAUGGACCACGGAUGAACAGCUUCUUGCUGUACAAGCAAUCAGGAAAUACGGCCGUGACUUCCAGGCAAUUUCCGAUGUGAUUGGGAACAAGUCCGUGGUGCAAGUGAAAAACUUUUUUGUAAACUAUCGGCGACGCUUCAACAUAGACGAAGUCCUGCAGGAGUGGGAAGCAGAGCAUGGGAAAGAGGAGACAAACGGAACGAACAACCAGAAACCUGUAAAAUCACCAGAUACUACCAUUAAAGUGUCUGAAGAGGAAGAUGAGGCUACUCCUGUCUUGGAUGUCAGAUAUGCAUCUGCGUCAUGAAAACUCAGGUAGCCGAGAACAAUUUUUUUGUUUUUGUUUUGACUACUGUGUUAUCCACAAUAUCAGGUAUUAGCAAAACCUCAGAUGGCCAUCUGCGUCGUAUCUCUGUGGACAAGCAGCUAUUACCAAAAAA